UCAACUCUCUCUCACCAUCUCAUCAUCGUCGUUUCUUCUCUGGACUCACCAUCUCAACCAGAGACGAGAUCCCAUUAUCCCAAUCGCCGCAGCAUCUCAUCUCUCGCCGCCUUAACGCCUCACCAUCUAAUCUCAUCUCUCGCUGCCUUAACGCCUCACCAUCUCAUCUCAUCUCAUCAUCGUCGUCACUCGUCAACCAGAGACGAGAUCCCAAUCAUCUCAUCUCAUCACGGUCAAAGUCAGAUCAGCAAGCAGGAUGGAUUCACAAACACUUGACACACUAGCAGCUCUUGAGGCUGCGAAUGAGCAGAUGGAGGUUGAUAAUGAUGAUGAAGCAGAAACUCAAGGACAAGCACAAAGUGAAACUCAACCUGUUCAAGCAACUGAAACUGUGAGUCAUUCUAAACGCACAAAGUCUCUUGUUUGGAACCAUUUCGUAGUAGUAGGAGUAGAGGCAGAUGGAAAAAGAAGAAGUCGUUGCAUUCAUUGUAGUAAGAAGUUAGUAUCAGAAUCUGCCUCAGGAACAUCUUCUUUGAAACGACAUUUAGAAAUCUGUCCCAAAAAGCCUCCGUCAAGUGGUGAUCGUGAGUAUGAUCCGAAAGUAGAUCGUGAUAUGAUCAGUGAGAUCAUUAUUUUCCAUGAUCAGCCUUUCAAAUACGUCGAGUAUGAGAAGGUUCGAGCUAGGGACAAGUACCUGAAUCCCAAAUGCCAGCAUAUAUCUAGGCAAACUGCUAAUGCAUAUUUUCUACAAGUGUGGAAAAUUGAACGCUUACUGAUGAAGUAUGCCAGUUGUGAUGAUCCAGUAAUGAAAGAGAUGGCUAAGAAAAUGAGAGUUAAGUUCUCUAAGUAUUGGGAUGAAUACAGUCUUGUUCUAGCUAUGGGGGCUGUUUUAGAUCCGAGAUUGAAGCUGCAAAUACUUAGAACAGCUUAUGACAAAGUGGAUCCUAGAAAUGCUGAGAAAAAGGUUGAAAUUGUUAAGAAGAAUUUGAAAAAGCUUUAUGAAGAGUAUGGAGCUAAGUUUCAGAGUUCUUCUUCAACCUCUUCAGCAACACCGACUCCAUAUGAGCUUCUUACUGAGUCACCAUUAGAAGAUGAUCUCAAUUAUGAUCUGUUUGAACUUGAGAGGAGCAUCCAGCCUGGUCUAGACAAUAAGAAGACAAAUCUGGAGAUGUAUUUAGAAGAUCCUAGGCUAGAUACGAGGUCUUUUACCGACAUAGAGGUUUUAGGUUAUUGGAAAGAUCAAGGACAGCGCUAUGGCGAUUUAGCUUCUCUUGCAUGUGAUUUGCUCAGCAUUCCAAUCACAACUGUGGCAUCAGAAUCAGCAUUUAGCGUUGGAGGACGGGUGAUUAGUCCUUACAGAAACCGUCUUCUUCCAAAAAAUGUUCAAGCAUUGCUUUGCACUCGAAACUGGUUAAGAGGUUUUGCUGAAUUUGAAGGUGAUGUUGAAGAUUAUUUUGAUGAAGACAAUUUAGACAAGGAUCCAACAACCACAACAAGUAGUUCUGCAAUAUGAGGUCAAAACUCUUAGGUAGGUAGCAACUAGCAUCCAUAAGAAGUCAUCCAUCAGGUUCUUCAAACAGUGGAGAUCUAUUUCAGAAGGCUACCUUGAUCUUAUGUGAUGAUCUAUAUGAAAUGUCUUGGGUGAUUAUGAGUCUGUUUCUUUGAGUUGAUACUAUGUUAAAAUGAUACUAUGUUUCUGAAUCUGUUUCUUUAAGUUGAUAAUAUAUCUUAAUACUCUGUUUUUUA